CAGUUGAAAUAACUCCUUCGUGGAGGCUGGCUACAUUUUCACAACGUCUGGUCCCAGGCUAGAUCUUCGGGAAAAGGGAUCAAGGAAAUGACUAUUCCUCCAAAUAAAAUGCAACAAGAAGAAUGAAAAAACAUAGAAGAGAAAGCCUCAUGAAACUGAGAAGCAUCUGCAACCACAAACUACAAAAUGUAGCUGCUAAACAAAAUGAAAGUUGGAUCAAAUUGGUGGCGAAUAUCAAGAGUGAAUAUACUCCAUGGCAGAGUACUGCAAAUGCUGCACAUCUUUCAUGGAUUCUGGUCCACCUCGUCCUCACACGGGGAUGCAGACUGACAAGUUUCCACCAUGAAGGGUUGUUAUUUGCCACAGCAGGGAGAGGAAAAUGGAGCAAAUCAGUCACCAGCUCGUCAUACAGCAGAGUGUCCCACGUCAUAUCUGCUGAUAUGUUAUGGCCAAAGUACAUGACUAUCUCCAAGGAGCUGAGAGGUGAAAUACCGACAUUUGUCCGGACGGAGUGGAACCAGGAGAGUCGUAAACAUCCUAUGGACUACACACCGUUUAACAAGAUGCAACAGUAUUCUGGCUUUGCCUUUGCUGGAGCCCUUAAACAGGCUGAAGUGAAAAGCACCAUGACCUGUCACUACAAGACGAGAAGCCUCAGGAGAAGGAAGGAGAUCCCCAUUCAUUGGUUUUGCCGAGUUUCCCGAGCUCCAUCCUCCUACAGUUAAAUCAACACUCUUUAUCCUUAGACUGCUGAUAAUCUCACCAACCGCUUCCUGGUAAGAUCUGUAAUGCCUGAGGUCUUCCUUCUUAGUUGUUUGCAAACAUCAGUGAUUAGGGACAAUUAGGGACUGGUGUGCCUGUCAUUCUCCUUUCAGCUGAGGAGGAAAUCCUCAUGCACCGUUAUCGGGAGUGAGACUUCAUCUGUCAGCUGCAGUCUCAGGAAUCCACGGGUUCAUUCAGCCGCAACUCCAAUCUCACUAACUUUAUCUGUGUUCCCCAAAUGCCUUAGACUAUUUGCUUCCCACUGACAGGGAAACCUGGCAUCUCAUUUUCUCAAUGUCCAGACAAAAAUUCUUACAUAGCAAGAAACUAAGAUAGGUGUUACAGAACGUGGAGGGAACCAGGAAAACCAAAUAGAGGACCCUCUUCAUGGGGCUUCCAACAUGACAAUAGGCAAAAGAGAAGAAAUGUACAUGUAAGAGGCAAGCAAAACCCAGAACCAUCACUUAUGAAGGAUGUCCUCAUCACCCCUCCUUUGCUGCCUGUCAAAACCGGUGAGGGCUCAUAUGACACCUUAAUUAUGAAUUAAUCUUCGUCCCUCCUACAACAGCACCUCCCCUCACCCCAGUCAGAAGCCAUCUCUUUAUAUUUCCAUAGCUUAAAAUGCUAUUUUUGGUUCUAGAUGCUUUGCCUCUAGAUUUGGAUGCUUGCAUCCAUAUUGUUGUAUAUUUUUUCCUAUCUUUUCCACGAUGUUUUUUUUUUUAACUUUUAAGUUUAGGGGUCCAAGUGCAGAUUUGUUACAUAGGUAAACUUGUGUCAUGUGGGUUUGUUGUACAGAUUAUUUCAUCACCAAGGUAUUAAGCCAAGUACCCAUUAGUUACAUCUUUCUUCUCCCACCUCCCACCUUCCAAAAGGCCCCAGUAUGUGUUGUACCCCUCUAUGUGUCCAUGUGGUCUCAUCAUUUAGCUCCCAUUUGUAAGUGAGAACAUGCAGUAUCUGGUUUUCUGUCCCUACGUUAGUUUGCUAAGGAUGAUGGGCUCCAGAUUCAUCCAUGUCCCUGCAAAGGACAUGGUCUUUUCCUUUUUUAUGGCUGCAUAGUAUUCCAUGGUGUAUAUGUACCAAAUUUGCUUUAUUCAGUCUACCAUCGAUGGGCAUUUAGUUUGAUUCAGUGUCUUUGCUAUUGUGAAUAGUGCUGCAAUGAACAUACGCGUGCAGGUGUCUUUAUCAUAGAAUUUUUUAUAUUCCUUUGGGUAUAUAUCCAGUAAUGGGAUUGCUGGGUUGAAUGGUAUUUCUGUCUGUAGGUAUUUGAAGGAUCACCACACUGUCUUCCACAGUGGCUGAACUAAUUUACACUCCCCCCAACAGUGUCUAAGCAUUCCUUUUUCUCCACAAUCUCACCAGUGCCUGUUAUUUUUUGACUUUUUAAUAAUAGCCAUUCUAACUGGUGUUAGAUGGUAUCUCAUUGUGGUUUUGAUUUGCAUUUCUCUAAUGACCAGUGAUGUUGAGCUUUUUCUCGUUUGAUUUUCAGCCACACACAUGUCUUCUUUUGAAAAGUGUUCAUGUCCUUUGCCCACUUCUUUAUGGGGUUGUUUGUUUCUUUCUUGUAAAUGUAUUUAAGUUCAUUAUAGAUGCUGGAUAUUAGACCUUUGUCAGAUGCAUAGUUUGCAAAAAUUUUCUCCCAUUCUAUAGGUUGUCUGUUUACUCUGUUGAUAGUUUCUUUUGCUAUUCCACAAUG